CUUUGACCAAAAAAGGACAUACAAUGUAGCAGCAGUCAUGACUUUCUGAUUAAAGGUGCUAUAAGUGACCGCACAAAAUGUUGCAUGUAACCACAAAAGUGGGAGAAGUUGGAAGGGAAGAGAGAGAGAAGCGUCAUUUCCCAAAAAUUAACAACACUGAGUUUACUCCGACCUAUUCAGCUCGUGGGAGAAGGUAUAUCCCCCAUGGAUACUGCUGUCAUGAUGACACAAUGUGGAAACCCCAUGCCCAGGGUGUCAAUCCUAAAUAUACUGUGAAUGGUCCAGACUGGGUGUCGAAGCUUCGGUACAUUGAUGCACCAAAAAUAGACAAACGGUUUCCUGAAAAUGAGAUAUUCCCCAAGCCAUGGUUUGCUUUAAGGACUUAUCCAGGAAUCACAAGACCGUCGGAGAAAGAAUGGAGUUAUUAUACAAAUGGUUACCACAAUGGAAAACUCACGAGAUGGGACGGCAAGCACAAAGCUAGUGAACAUUCUGAAAAUGAAGUGACUUAUGAUAUGAUUCUUGGCAACAACAAAAAGGAACAUUUGAUUGAGAAGAGGAAUUUUAUCCCCUGUGCGUCUGCUGGGGACAAGCCGUACCAAGCUGUGGAAUACUCCAUUGACUUCCACAAAGUUGGCAUGACGCGUCCUGUGGUUAACUUUGGUGGACCAGGAACGACAAAGCCGGAUACAUUUAUACCACUUCAGAACCUGCCACCAAUGAACCAUGAGAGUUUCCAAAAUAAAGAAAGGCGGAGACGAUUCAGAGACGAGGUUGAUGUUGUGCAAUCACUUGAAGAUUGGCAGCCAGCUACGCCUUUGUUACCUCCACCGCAUGAAGACAUAGGCAAGAAGUAGAAUGGUUUUCCCUAGUCUUGACCAACCCCUUUCCUUAAGAAUCGGUUGUGUGUCACUUCGCCUAAUGCGAUAAGAGAUAUGAACAGGGUUACGAGGAUGUGGACUUUUGUUAGAUGUAGAUGGCGCAGUGAGUCACAUACCUUUCCGGGCUUUUGUAAAGUACACAGCGACAACCCAAACAAAUGAUGAUGUGAAUGACGCCACACAACGUCAUGCGGGGUGAGCUAACUGAGCAAGCAAAUGACGUCACAAAACAAGCACAAUAAUGGGGCAGAUCUUGCGAAACGCAAUUGCUCACACUGCUGUCAUUUCUUUAUCUCAACAUACCUCCGAUCAACCCCUGAAAAGGUAUGUGGCUGAUUGUGCCUUCUAUUGGAUUCAAAUGGCCACUACGCCAUUGCACAGAUGUUGUAGUCUCAAAAAUCAGUCUUCGUCAUUAACAAAAUGUGACAUGUAUAUUUGUAGUCAAAGUAGCACUAACCUAGGCCUACUAACCACUAUUUCAUACACUGUAUUUAAGUCCACUGCACAUGAGUGAUAAAGCGUCUACACAGUAUUUUUCAGUGAACAACUUUAGAUGUCUGUGAUACACACUUUGAGAUUUACCAGAAUGCAGAUUAUGUCGGUGUAGACUGCUGAACACAAAAUAAGCAUAACAUGCAAAUUUUAUAUUACAUGUAGUUAAUAGUUUACUGUUGCAAAUUCUAAUGGUGCAGGUUGGCUUCUGGUUUGAACUGCUGUCAAAAGAAAUACAUACAUGUAAUGGUAUCAGUGUUUUGCAAUAGAUUGCUUUUGCAAUUUUGUGUCUUUAAAGCAGCUAUAUAUAUCAAAGGUAGUGCCUUAUUUGACCAUAGCAUGUGUCAUGCAACGUUGUAUUAACUGUAAAUGGGCUUUUAAAUCCUUUCAGAGCUGUGUGCCUUUGCAUCAGUCUUGAAUGAGAGAAAUAUGUGGAUAUGAUAUCCUCAAAGUUUUAUUAGAGAGAAACUGUUCUUUUGUCCUGUUUUGUGUCCUGCUAUUAAUUACCGCAGUUUUGUGUCAAGAAUUCAUGUCAGAUUGUUUGUAGUACGUAAUCAAAGAAAUGUGCUACUGCAAACUUGGCCAAGAGCUGUGACAAUUUCUUUAGAAAAUCAUGACAGCUCCUGGCAAAUUUUACAGUAUUUUCCUUGUUUGAAGAAAGGUUGUGGCAACAGGGAUGCAAAGUAAUCAUAGUGAUACAAAUUUGUGCCAAAAAGGGACCAUCCUUAACACACACUCGUGGGCUACAUGUGACUUAAGGUAUGACGCAUGAUGAUGCACAGUUCUAAUGUCAAGGCUCGUGGGAAAUUUUCGUGUGAUCACAGAUAAUCCCGAAAAUAUACAGUAUUGAAAAAGAAAAUCUAAUUGAAAUUACAGGGUUGUCAAAUUACUGAAUUAAAAAUACCUGAAAGUCGCGAUUGCAAAAUCAACUGGCCUUGAAUAUUUCAUUAAAAAAUCAGCCCGCCCCUCCUUGUCCUGUCACCAGUAUCUCGUCCCUAGGACAAAACCAGCUGGAGGGACAAGGUUACCAGGUCUAACUUUGAUAAUUUUGCAUCCCUGGCCUGCCAUGACAAAUAUUUUUCAAAUGGUGCUAGACAGUGUAUGGUAGUAUCAUAUUUACCCUCCAAGAAAUAUCCCAGAAGGAUCAUUUCAGAAUCCGUUAAUAAAAGUAACGCUAUCAGUUUAUAAAGAACUUUUUAAUAAAUGGUAGCAUUCUUUUAGAGAGAAAUGUAAGAGUUGUAGUCCGAAAAAGUUUUAUGAUGUACAUUUCUGAUAAGAAGGGAGAUUUUUUUGUAAUAUUCUAUGUCUUUAAUGCUACUAAUUUUAACUGCACAUGCACAAUAUUCAGUUAUGUCUGUUCACGAUCUUUUCGAUGCAAAUAAAGAUUAUUUUUAUUGUUAAA